AUGGAUCCCAGUGCGUGGAAUUUUACGGUCGAUGAAGAGGAGGAGAAUUUCGAUCAAGUCGUUUUGAAUACGUAUAGCAACAAAUGCUCUACCUGUCAGGAGGACUAUCUAAGUGUCAUCCUUUUCAAUACGGCCAAAGACCGAAACGAUCACGGUUUCAAGAAUAUCUAUGUUCUGCACCAACUAGCUCUGCCAGGUGCUGAAACAGUGAAGGAACUGGAAGGUUUACUUCAAAGCUCUUCCGAGAACGACUUCAGUAAACUAUACGGCCACGGGGCAUGCAACAUGGACGAAUUGUUUUGGGUGGCGGGGACGCUGUUUUCGAGUUGUAAACUCUCCGAACCUUCUAAAACGGUACUACUUUUGACAGACAAUGACAAUCCUCAUAGAAGUGACUUGGAUCAGAAGCUUGUUAACGUCUUCUGCAUUGAGUUCGGAAUGACCAGUGUGCGACUGAUUCACUCCAGCGUAUCGUCGAAAAUGCUGCUGCUGGAUGUUGGGCUGGCUGUUUUAGGAGUCCGAUACUUCUCAAUGUUCCACUGUGCCUUCGUGUCCCACGUCGGUGUUCGUAGCCCUGGCCUUGUUUUAAUUGGCUUCAAACCGAUCACUCUGUUAAAGCCCUAUCAUCAUGUCCGCUCAGCGCUGUUCAUUUAUCCAAACGAUACAGUUGAAGAAUACGACGACCACGGAGAUCAGAUUUGCCCUUCUGGAUUUCAUGUCAUUUUUCUACCUUUCGCUGACGAUUUACGUGAUUUGAGCAUGAUCAAGAGUGAACCCAGGCCCAAUGCGCGUGCGCAUCAUAUACAAAUGGCCGAAGAAAUCGUUGACCGGCUGACGAUCGAUUACGACGCGGAAAAAAUACUGAAUCCGGUACUCCAGAAGCAUUACAAAGUAGUUGAAGCGUACGCGUUGGAACGGCAAGAAACUGAAGAGGUUCCUGACCACACCAGUAUUGAUCAGCUUCAGCAGUGUACGGUCGCGGCUCUGAAGGACAUGUGCGCUAGAAGCGGUAUGAAGUUGCAAGCGACCCGAAAGGCGGACAUCAUACAAGAGAUCAAGGAUCAUUACGGAGUGUGA